AUGCGGCCAUCGCUCUCCGCGUGCGCCCUGCUCGCCUUCGUCGGCGGCGCACUCGCUUCACCUUAUCGCUCAGACCUUACCGACUACAAUCUUAAUACCAACCAGGAUGCUGACUCAGUCACCGAUUACUCUACCACUCGCGCGAACACAACUUACACCCCUUCGCCCGAGAAUUGGCGCUCCAUCCCCUUCUACACCGUCCUUCCAGACAAGUUCGCAGACGGUGACCCUUCAAAUAACGACUGGUUUGGCACUCCAUGGGAGUACGACUGGAGAGAGACCCAGCUCCGCGCCGGCGGUGAUCUCGCUGGCUUGGUUUCCAAGCUUGACUACCUAUACGGCAUGGGGGUCAGAGGCAUAUUCAUCUCUGGAACGCCCUUCUUGAACAUGUUAUGGCAGGCUGACAGUUACUCUCCACUCGACUUCACCGUUCUCGAUCCCCAUUAUGGCACAAUCGACGACUACAACGCAAUGAUCUCUGAGGUCCACGCCCGCGGAAUGUACGUUAUGGCGGACUUUACAGUCGGUACCAUGUCCGAUUUGAUUGGCUUCUCUGGCUACCUCAACACGUCCACUCCUUUCGAUCUUAACGAACACGAAGCCGUCUGGAAGCAUCCCGAUCUCAUGCCAUGGGGCUUUGACGAGUACAAGGACUUCUCGAUCGACAACACGCGCAAUGAAUCUUGUACGUUGCCAAAGCUUUGGCUCGACGCUGGCACAGUCGUCUCCGUCGAGACCAAUGGCUGUCUCGAGUCCGACUUUGAUCAGUACGGUGAUAUGGAAGCUUUCGGUGUCCAUCCUGAUUGGCAACGUCAGCUCGCCAAGUUCGCCUCCGUGCAGGAUCGUCUGCGCGAAUGGGACCCCACCGUCAUGGCCAAGCUCACGACUUUCUCUUGCUUGGCUAUCACCGCGCUCGACAUUGACGCUAUCCGUAUCGACAAGUCCACACAGGUCACCGUCGACGCUUUGGCUACCUGGGCCUCUGCGACCAGGACGUGCGCUCACGACCUUGGCAAGACAAACUUCUUCAUCACCGGUGAAGUUACGGGUGGUGAUACCUUCGGUUCAUUGUACUAUGGCAGAGGCAGGACUCCGACGCAGCUUCCCAGUAGCUUCGACAUCGCCGCCAACCUGACCGCUAACCAGAGCCAGUACUUCCUUCGGGACGAGUCCGACAACGGCCUCGACGCCGUCGCCUUCCACUACUCCACCUACCGCUCUCUCACCCGUUUCCUUGGAAUGGACGGCAACUUGGCCGACGCUUACGACGUCGACGUCAACUUCGUUACCUCUUGGAACCAGAUGUUCGUCGACAAUGACUUCUUGAACGCCAUCAGUGGCGACGUGGACCCGAGGCACAUGUUCGGUACUAGUAAUUUCGAUGUGUUCCGCUGGCCGAGUUUGGAGAACGGGACUCAAAAAGCUGCCUUCGCUACUUUCAUCACGACGUUGGUCAUGCCCGGCAUACCUUUGAUUUACUACGGUGAAGAGCAGAAUGUCUACUUGUAUGAUACCACCGCGCAGAAUUACCUCUACGGCCGUCAAGCCAUGUUCAGUAAUAAGGCCUGGCAGCGUCAUGGAUGCUACCAUCUCGGAUCGGAGCAGUACUACAACAUGGCGCUCGACAAGUCUCUCAUCGGUUGCCUCGACGAUUGGAACUCUCUCGAUCACUUCGAUCCCACAAUGAACAGCCGUCGUAUGAUGGCUCAGAUGUUCUACCUUCGUUCCGUCUACGGCGCUCUCCAAGAUGGUUUCGGUCUCGUGCAACAGGGCAACUGGACUUAUCAGAUCGAGCGCCCCGGUUCUAACGGUACCGCGACCGAGAUGGGUCUCUGGUCGAUCUCCCGAUCAGGUAUUACCUCUCAGACCCUCAGCGGAAACAACACCGACGAAGUCUGGAUGCUUUACACCAACGAGAACACCACGAAAACCUGGACGUACGACUGCACUAGCAACAAUUGGAUCUCUACUCCAUACCAGGCUGACACCAUCGUCCGGAAUCUGUUCUAUCCUUACGAGAACUACACUCUUCAAGCCUCGCUUUCCUCGUACAAUAAAGAUAACCAAUCGCCUUAUUUCGGUUGUCUGAACUCGGUCACGAUGGACCCUUAUAGCUUCAAAGUCCUCGUCCCUCAGGACGCUUGGGUGGCACCUCUUCCUGCCUUGACGAAAUUCACUCCUGGCCACGAUUACCGCAUUCUUUCGAACUCCACGACCGUCCAGGUCUCGCUCGAAUUUAAUACCCCGAUGGACUGCCCGACCGUCACCGCCGCGCUCUCCCUCAACAUGUCUUCCUCUGGGAACAGCACCUCGCCUUCGAUCGAUACCGACUCUGUCACCUGUGUCUCUCUGACGAACGCUCCUGCCUCCAUGCUCUCUGGGGACGCUCCUUCGGCUUGGUCGUGGACCGCGAAUAUUAAGGACAUGCCUGACGGUAUCCUUCAGCUCAUCCUCGACAACCCGACGAGUCAAGCCGGUACCAAGUCUGGCGCCGUCGACACGCUCCUCCUUCGCAAGGGUCUCGCGAACAAUGUCAUGGUCUUCCCCGAGGCAGACUACGACAACGACGCGUUCUCAUACUCGAAUGACCAGUAUCAGUUCACGCAUAAAGCGCUAGGCGCUGAGAUGUUCAGGUACUCGUGGAACUUUGGCAAGAACUGGACUUCAUGGAAGGAAUGGGAGGCUACGACGUACAUCGACUCGGACGUCUUCUCGGACGAAUCCAUUUUCUGGGACGGGCAGCAUAUUCUCAUGCAGUACUGGAGUAGCGUCGCUGCGUCUGCCGCUGCGGUUGUUCAUGCCGAUCAUGACUAUUCGAUGAAGCGCCGUGUUCCGCAGUUCAUCGCUCGUGGUCCUUUCAACGAGUGGGGUUAUGAUUCGGGUGUCGAUGCUGCUAUGGAACACACCGGUGAUAGUACUUGGGAAUUGGAAAUCAUGGCGACAUGGCCCACGUACAUUCAGCUCAACGUCUACGCCUACGACUCGUACUACUACGGCGAUGUCGACGGGGACGGUGUUCUCGACCGUCUGCCGCCCAACACCGCGGCGUCCAACUACCUCAACAUGUCCGCUCCUCCGAAACCCCAUCUGGCUUGGAACCUCGUCGUUGACGACUCGGACUAUACUUGGUAUCUCGAGCCUCGCGGAGAGUCUGUCGUCGCUGCUACGAUGUAUGCGCUUCUUUUGUCCAUCCCGCUCAUCACCGGUACCCUCGCCGUUGUCAUCUUCAUGUGGUCGUUCUACGGUAUCAAGCACAACAAGUGGGGUGUCAAGCCUGCAAAGGAUCACAGCCACUACUUCCCCAUCCUCGGCGUUCUCGGAAACAAAUCCAAAUCAGACCUCAAGGAUGGCGCCGCCAUGUCGGAGAAGCUCUUCGGCAAUCACAAACCGCACGAUGUCAUAGGUUGGCCAGAAGACAAGAACAAGCGUCGAAAGGUCCUCAUCGCGACGCUCGAGUACGAGAUUAUCGAUUGGAAGCUGAAGGUCAAGAUCGGUGGUCUUGGUGUCAUGUCGAGUUUGAUGGGUAAGGCGAUGACGGAUGUCGAUCUCGUCUGGGUCAUUCCAAAGGUCAAGGAUAUCGAGUACCCGCCUGGUGAACCCGUCGACCCCAUCGAGGUCAUCAUCUUCGGCGAGCCGUAUCUCAUCGAGGUCGAGAAGCACGUUCUCGACAAUAUCACGUACAUCAUCCUCGACAGUCCCGUCUUCCGCGCUCAGACCAAGUCAGAUCCUUACCCAGCUCGUAUGGACGAUCUCUCAUCCGCCAUCUUCUACUCGACUUGGAACCAAGCCAUCGCCGCUACCGUUCGUAGGGAUCCUGACAUCGAUAUCUACCACGUCAACGAUUACCACGGCGCUCUCGCCCCGAUCUACCUCCUCCCGAAGGUCCUCCCUGUCUGUCUGUCGCUUCACAACGCCGAGUUCCAGGGCUUGUGGCCGCUCCGGACGAAGGAGGAGAUGAAGGAAGUCUGCUCGGCGUUCAACAUCAGCAAGGAGCACUGCACGAAAUAUGUCCAGUUCGGAAACACGUUCAACUUGCUCCACGCGGCGGCCUCGUUCAUCAGCGUGCACCAAAAGUCGAUCGGCGUCGCCGGUGUGUCGGACAAGUACGGAAAGAGGUCCUGGGCGCGGUACCCCGCGCUCUGGACGCUCAAGCACGUCGACUCGCUGCCUAACCCGGAUCCGUCGGAUAUCGAGGCGCUGGACGAGCAGGCGGUUAAGGUUGCGGAUAUUCAGAUCGAUCAGGCGGCGGAGGCGGAACGACCGGAGCAUAAGAGGCAGGCCCAGGAGUGGGCGGGCAUUAAGCAGGAUCCGGAUGCGGAUCUGUUCGUGUUCGUCGGUCGGUGGUCGAAGCAGAAGGGUGUGGAUUUGAUUGCCGAUGUUAUGCCGUCCUUGUUGGAGAAGCGUCCGUCGAUUCAACUCAUCACCGUCGGUCCCGUCAUCGAUCUUUACGGUCGUUUCGCCGCCGAGAAACUCGCCCGUCUCAUGGAACUUUACCCGGACCGCGUCUUCUCGAAACCAGAGUUCACGGCGUUGCCUCCAUAUCUGUUCAGUGGUGCCGAUUUCGCGCUCAUCCCGUCGCGUGACGAGCCGUUCGGUUUGGUUGCUGUCGAGUUCGGUAGGAAGGGUGCGCUUGGUGUCGGUAGUCGACUUGGUGGUUUGGGUCUGAUGCCCGGUUGGUGGUUCCCGGUCGAGUCUAUGUCGACAGGCCAUAUGUUGUCGCAAUUGUCCAAGACGAUCAAGAUGGCGCUCAAGUCUUCUGAAGAAGAGCGUGCGAUGCUUCGUGCUCGUUCCGCUGUGCAACGUUUCCCGGUCGUCGAAUGGCGUCAACGUAUGGAGGACUUCCACAAGCGUUCCAUCGGUGCUAGCAGGACUCUCGCCGGACACGACGCAUGGCGUCCGUCCGACGGCCAGAGCGGAGGUCUGCAACCCAUCGCCGACCAUGAUGAUUGGGCUCCCGAGGAUCAAAGCGAACCUGCUCAGCCUGACUGGGAUAGCCGCAGCAUGAACAGCCCGAGGUUGUCGACCAACGUCCCCGCAUCUCCAGGGCAGUGGAGCCAAGAGACGCUCACGCCCGGCGGAGACCCCUUCCUGACCGCGCCACCUCGCUUGGUUCCCGAUCGUCGUUCGUUCGGCACCGAUGUCUCGGACAAUGAGGGCAAUGAGGGAGACUACUUCUCGCGGCAGCCACCGAGCAGUCCGGGCGCUCCUGAUACUCCUGGAGAACAGGCGGACUAUGGGAACUUUUUGGAUAGGGCGAAUAGGGCUAUUGCGAGGGACCAGAAGAACGCGCCGGAUCCGUUCUUGGAGGCGCCGUCGAAACCUUUCGGGGCUCAUAACCGGUUAUCGUCCGUCGAGUCUAUCUCUUCCAUCGUGGACGAGAAGCAGAACUCGCCGUUGAACAAGGCUAUCGCUUCGUUCACGGACGCAGACGGUGGUGUGGCUCAGGAUUUCGUUCAGAAGCUGCAGAACCUCAACUCUGAAAACUCGAAGCAUGAGCUGUCCAUCGAGCGUUAUCUCCAGAAGAGCGAGGAAGCCUUCUUCGACAAGGUCCGAAAAGACAAGCUGUCCAGCGCCGCAAGUGUCCGUUCAUCGCAGAGAGACUCUAUCUGGGGCACGCCUUCGCCGUCAAUAUACAACGACCACUCGCGACCGAGCUGUACGUACCCUUUCUUUGCUCCCAAUACACAGUCGUUCGCUCACUCCGGCAGUGGCUUCGCAUCGUCUGAGUACGAGGGUCCGCUACCCAACGAUAACGGUGAGGUCGUCAUCAUGACCGGUCUCCAAAUCGCCUUGUCGAGAGAGAUUGGCGGCUGGCCGCUGUACACCAUCAUCAUUGCUCUCGGACAGAUGUUGAGUGCGACCAGUUUCCAAAUCACCCUGCUCUCCGGUCAAGCAUACCAGGACGAUCUGCAACUCUACGUUUUGGGAGCCGUCUUCUUGGCUGCUUCGGCGGUGUGGUACCCCCUGUUCCGGUUGAAGCCCUCGGUAUACGUCCUUUCCGCUCCCUGGCUCUUCUUCGGUCUCGCCUUCUUCCUCGUCGGUCUUCCAUCCGUUGCGGACGCUCUUCAUGCUGCUGAGAAGACAUUGGCGAGUGUCGCGACUUGGUGUUAUGCCGUCGCUUCUGCUGCCGCGUUCAUCUUCUUCGGUCUCAACUUCGGAGAGGAAGCAGGUGCUGCUACGGAAGUGUGGAUGUUGAGGGCCUGUAUCGUGCAAGGAUCACAACAGAUCUGGGUCGCCGCUCUUUGGUACUGGGGACAUCAGCUCAACAACUCGACGACGGCAACUCCACCCUGGUGGACGGUCCUCAUCUUGUGGCCUCUGUCUGCGAUGAGCUUCCUUUUCGCGUACUUGAUGCUUUACGGACUUCCAGAAUACUACCGCCAGACGCCACCAAAGGUGCCCAACUUCCUCAAGACGUUGUUCCGCAGGAAGCUCGUUCUAUGGUUCCUCGCAUCCGAAGUCCUUCGGGAUUACUGGCUGUCUGGUCCCUACGGCCGUAACUGGAGUUUCCUCUGGGAUGUCAACAUUCCGAAGUGGCAGAUUCUCCUUCUCAUCAUCGCGUUCUUCAUCGUCUGCUGGGGUCUUAUCAUGUACAUCCUUACGGAACUGUCCAAGACGCACACAUGGCUCUUGCCCGUGUUCGCCGUCGGUCUGGGUGCUCCUCGUUGGUGUCAGAUGCUCUGGGGUACAUCAUCCUUGGCCUUGUAUAUUCCUUGGGCAGGCCACGCCGGACCUUACCUUGGCCUCUCGCUUUGGUUGUGGCUUGGUGUUCUCGAUGCUGUCCAAGGUGUUGGGUUGGGAAUGAUCCUUCUUCAGACUUUGUCGCGGUUGCACGUCUGCGCCACACUGGCCUUCGCUCAGAUCAUCGGUUCUAUCUGUGUGAUGGUCGCUCGAGCAACGGCCCCAGAUAGAGUGGGACCGGAGAGCGUCUUCCCCAACGCCGCCACAUGGGACUUCGAGAGCGGUCUUAAGGGUAGUCCAAUGGCUUCGCCAGCCUUCUGGGUCGCUUUGAUCUGCCAGAUCAUCAUUGUUAUCGGCUACUUCUGGUUCUACCGCAAGGAGCAACUUGGUAAGCCCUCCGGUCCUGUUUUGCGUCGUCUCGACUGCUGUCUAACAUUGUCCAACUUUCUCUUCCUUCCUUUUAGCUCGCCCAUAACCGCAUUAUCAUCAAUCAUCUUUCACAUUCAGCAUCAUCAUAUACGUGCCAUUUUGCAUCAUCGAUAG